AUGGGUCGAGCCCUUCCUCAAGAAGAGGGAGCAAUGUUCCUAUCACCGAGAACCUGUCUCGUCUGCCAUGAAGCUAAGCAAGAAAAUUUGAAGAAAUGUUCUGGCUGUCCAUACGCGACUUUUUGCAGUGCACAUCCCAGCAGUUGCAGUCACGAUCAAGUUUGUAGCAUGAUAAACGACAAGUAUGAAUUCCAAACGAGAUUGAGUAAAUUAAAGUUAUCAACAGCAGCAGCCAUUCAAGCAAUCGUCAACAGCACAACAGUCCACAAAUCUCUAAAACUACCAACUUCAGUAGCAGAUUAUUUAUACAGAUAUGCUCAGACUCCAGUUACAAUUCCUGAAGACGUGAAGAUCCACACGUCAAUUUAUUUCACCAAAUCAUUAACACUCUUCAAUGCUUUGCAAAAACUAAAUUACAAUCCCCGAUUAAAAAUGGUUGUUUAUAUUGUUGCACAGUUCACACCAUUUCACGUAUCAGUUUACUGGGAGGUUCUGCUACACCUGCUACCAAAAUUGAUCAACUUAAAGAUCAUCCUAUUCGAGCCACCGGAGGACCUCAAAUAUACAAUUAAUGUAUGCGAAAAAUGCCGCUCCAAGAAGAAAACAUUGACCUUAGAAUUUGUUUCAACUAGUUUCGUUGAGUAUGUCAAAUCUAAAAGUCAUACAAAAGCGGAUUUUGUUGCCUUAUACAAUUAUGAUCCUCUCCAGGAAGAGAAUCUGUUUGUCAAUACUUCGUGCAAAGUUGUGAAGAAUUUUGACUUCAUAACUUGUCCAUUGCUUUUGACGACUGUGACGGAAAAGAAGGCGAUGGCUGCAAGUGAGAGGCUGCGAUCUAAUUUAAAAAAUUGUGAGAUCUGUUAUGCUGGAAAGAACGACUUUGCACCUAUAAAACCCGAAGUUGAUUGGGAAACCGAAGGGAUCUCUAUACCAAAUCAGUUUCUGAUGGUUAUGAAACCAAGAGAGUCUUAG